AUGGACCAGAUUCCGGGCAUUCUAUAUGCCGAUGAGGACUUUACCACAUGGCUCAUACUCGGCGCCAGCAGAGGUAUAGGGCUAGAGUUCGUCAGACAGCUGUUAAACAAGAACGAGCGCAUCAUCGCUACUGUACGGGAGCCUUGGGCUGGUCAUGCCAGUGGUUUGUGGGGACAAGCGGGGAGCGAUCAUGGCCGAUGCCAAAUGUACACAUGCGACAUCUUGUCAGAGCAGAGCAUCGAGAAAUUCGUUGCGCAACUGGCAAUGAUACCGAACCUGAAGAUAGACUAUGUUGUACUAAACGCAGGAGUUCUAAGGUACCCGAAUAGGGCCACUGAGCUGUCGUUCGACGAAUUUGCUUUCCACUUGCACACCAACACUAUCGGGCCUAUUAUCACAGCACAGAAGCUACUUCAAACAAAUAUCCCCAUUGGCACCAUCACCUUCAUGUCCAGUGACUCGGGCUCUCAGGGUAACUUCCGCGAAAUGGAAGAUGGCUUUGCUGCAUAUGCUGCCUCCAAGGCUGCACUCAACAUGGCGGUGAGACACAUGGCCGCCGAGCUGAAGAGAAAAGACGAUGAUACCAUCAUCUUGUGCAUGCACCCAGGAGAAGUUGCAACAGACAUGGCAAACGUCCAACUGCCGUGGGAAGUUCAGGGCAUAAUCACGCCAGAGGAGUCGGUCAUGAAGAUGAUUGAGGUGAUCAAAAGCAAAGGCAUACAGCACAGCGGCACUUUCUGGACCUAUGAGAACAAGCCGUAUGUUUGGUGA